AUGCAAUUUGCCCACCGCCUCUCGGAUGUCGGGGCUAGUCUAAAUUGGCGUUGUCCCGUGUCGACUCAAAACAUUUUCGCCUUCCCUACGGCUCAUUUCCAGCUAGAAGCUCUUGUCGCCAAGGCCCUGGAUACGGCUGUCAGUGAUGGUGGCCCCGGGUCCAGCAAGGCUGCUGAACAAGUCACGGAGUUUCGGAAGAUUUUAUCCUCAGAAUCAGACGGUUGGCUUGAGGCUCUCUCACCCGAAGCUCGAGCUCUUUUGCCAUAUCCUGGCGAUACACUACUGAUGUCCGCUAUUCGCACAGGCUCUGCCCUUGCGGCCUGCUUCCUUCUCGACUCUGCCACCUACUCUAAUUCCAGCGGCCAAAGCGAAGGAAAAGUUGCUGAGAGUGGAUUAGCAUGUGCAGAGUCGAGCCUCACGCCGGGUGAGACGUCUCUCCACCUGGCCGUUGAGGCUGGGCUUAUUCAGUUAGCUAUUAGGUUGGCAAGCUACCCUGGGUCGCCUGCUGAUCCUAAUAGGCGACGUCUUCUCUUUCGCCUAAGGAAUGCAGAAUGUGUGGAUUUUGAUACAGAAGAGUUGACCAAGGAGGAGGUUACGCAGGCUGGCGUGUGGGCAGCCAAAGAUGACACUAGAAUUCGGUCUUGCCUAGGUACCCGCCUAUCUCUUGCAAAUGCCCAAUUCUUCAGUCCUUCAUUUGUUACUCCAUCGAUAAAAGCCUCAAGUAACGAGCCGACCGCAAAUCAGGUUCCCUCGUCUCCAUCCUUAGUCACUAGCGUCUACGGCCUAGGCAGCGGCGGACUGACGAACCGUUCUCAGUCUCCGGAUUUUUGGAAGCCGGGACUUGGCUUGUCGGCGAUAACCGCUGGGCGGGAACAAGUGACGCGGGUGGAAUCUGACAGGGGCGUUACCCAUGGUAAUGAGAGUGCGGCGGAUGCUAGUGGCCUUAGCAAAAAGGCGACAAAUAUUCUCCUCUCUAAUCCGUUUGGAAAUGAAGAUAAUAAUAUUGACCAGCCAGAAAAAACGCAUGCUGGUACCAAGUUAGAGGAAAGGCUAUUCAACUCAAAGAACAAUCCCUUCGAUUUUGAAUCAUCUGAGGUCUCUGGCUCCUUCUCUCAAAAUUCUAAUCUCAUUACCAGUACCAGCGCAACUGGUGCUAUUCAAGGCUGCAGUGGCCUGACGCAGUCGGCCAACCAGGAUCUUAACGAGGAUAGGCGGGAACUCUCUUUCAGUGGGUCAACUGAAUCAGCCAAUAAGUCAACGGGACUCACUUGCACUUCGCUACCAUCCGCGCGUCGCAUGGACCCAGAGGGUGCACAGACUGGCUUGUCUGCGCUUAUAAAAAUAUGUGAUCCUUCCUCCCACGCUGAGCUGGCUUCACAGGCUGAUGAUGCCAAAGCCAAUUAUGAUGACACGGCUGCCACGUUGGCCUCUGAGCCAGGCCAGUCGAGAAGACAUCACGUCUGGUCUCAUCGUAGGUUGAUUACUGAGACUUACUCGGAGAAACGGACUCCUCUGCAUUUGGCUGUAGUGAACAAUAUGAUUGAAUUGGUAGAAUUUUACUUGGAUCCAGGUACAUCAAAUCUUAAACUUAAUUAA